AUGGAGAGUGUUGGCGUAUACAGAUUCUGUGGGUGUACAGCAAAGAACAAAAUGAAGUGUGAUUCCAGGUGGGAGAUGACCGCUUCAGAAACGGCCCCCACGUCUGCAUAUUCAUCUCCGGCCCGGAGCCUGGGGGACACAGGAAUAACACCUCUGUCCCCUUCCCACAUUGUGAAUGAUGCCGACCCGAACGUCUCUGAGCAGCAGACAUUUCUCGUGGUGGUGGCCAUUGACUUCGGGACGACGUCCAGCGGCUAUGCCUACAGCUUCACCAAGGAGCCAGAAUGCAUCCAUGUGAUGAGGCGAUGGGAGGGAGGCGACCCUGGGGUGUCCAACCAGAAGACUCCGACCACCAUCCUGUUGACUCCAGAGAGGAAGUUCCACAGUUUCGGGUACGCCGCCAGGGACUUUUACCACGACCUGGACCCCAAUGAGGCCAAGCAGUGGCUGUACCUGGAGAAAUUCAAGAUGAAGCUGCACACGACUGGGGACCUCACCAUGGAUACAGAGCUGACAGCAGCUAACGGCAAGAAAGUCAAAGCGCUUGAAAUCUUUGCUUAUGCCCUGCAGUACUUUAAGGAGCAAGCACUGAAGGAGCUGAGCGACCAGGCGGGUUCGGAGUUCGAGAACUCUGAUGUCAGAUGGGUCAUCACAGUGCCCGCCAUCUGGAAGCAGCCGGCCAAGCAGUUCAUGAGACAAGCUGCCUACCAGGCAGGCCUGGCCUCCCCGGAGAACUCGGAGCAGCUCAUCAUUGCCCUGGAGCCCGAGGCAGCCUCCAUCUACUGCCGGAAGCUGCGGCUGCACCAGAUGACUGAUCUAAGCAGCAAGGUCGCGGUCAACGGGUACAGCUCCAGUGACACAGUAGGAGCUGGGUUUGCACAGGCUAAGGAACACAUACGACGUAAUCGGCAGAGUCGGACCUUUCUGGUGGAGAAUGUCAUAGGAGAAAUCUGGUCCGAGCUGGAGGAAGGUGACAAGUAUGUGGUGGUGGACAGUGGCGGUGGCACCGUUGACCUGACAGUCCAUCAGAUACGGUUACCAGAGGGGCAUCUCAAAGAACUGUACAAAGCAACAGGUGGACCCUAUGGAUCUUUAGGAGUAGACUACGAAUUUGAAAAGCUUCUGUGUAAAAUAUUCGGAGAGGAUUUUAUUGAGCAAUUUAAAAUCAAGCGUCCUGCGGCCUGGGUUGACUUAAUGAUUGCAUUUGAGUCUCGAAAAAGAGCGGCUGCCCCAGACCGAACUAACCCACUGAACAUCACCCUGCCCUUCUCCUUCAUUGACUACUACAAGAAGUUCCGGGGACACAGCGUGGAGCACGCCUUGAGGAAGAGCAAUGUGGAUUUUGUCAAGUGGUCCUCGCAGGGGAUGCUGAGGAUGAGUCCAGAUGCCAUGAAUGCCCUUUUCAAGCCGACUAUCGACAGCAUCAUUGAGCAUCUCCGGGACCUGUUUCAGAAGCCGGAGGUGUCCACGGUCAAGUUCCUCUUCCUGGUGGGCGGCUUCGCCGAGGCGCCCCUCCUGCAGCAGGCGGUACAGGCUGCCUUUGGCGACAAGUGCCGCGUCAUCAUCCCCCAGGACGUGGGCCUCACCAUCCUCAAGGGCGCCGUCCUCUUUGGCCUGGACCCCGCGGUCAUCAAGGUGCGCCGGUCCCCACUCACCUACGGGGUGGGCGUGCUGAACCGCUACGUGGAGGGCAAGCACCCGCCCGAGAAGCUGCUGGUGAAGGACGGCACCCGCUGGUGCACCGACGUCUUCGACAAGUUCAUCUCCGCCGACCAGUCCGUGGCCCUGGGCGAGCUGGUCAAGCGCAGCUACACCCCGGCCAAGCCCUCCCAGCUGGUCAUCGUCAUCAACAUCUACAGCUCCGAGCUGGACGACGUGAGCUUCAUCACCGACCCCGGGGUGAAGAAGUGCGGCACGCUGCGCCUGGAUCUCACCGGGGCCAGCAGUACCAACGUGCCCGCCCGCAGGGAGAUCCAGACCCUCAUGCAGUUCGGGGACACCGAGAUCAAGGCCACGGCCAUUGAUAUAGCCACUUCCAAGAGUGUCAAGGUUGGGAUCGACUUCUUAAAUUACUAAC